GAACUCGUGCAUCACCCGGGAGUACUUCCGCGGCGACAACAAGUACCGGUGCGAGGUGUGCUGCGGCUACAGGGAAGCGAUGCGGUCGAUCUCGUUCGAGGUGCUCCCGCGGCAGCUGAUCCUGCAGCUGAAGCGCUUCAACGGCGACAUGGAGAAGAUCAACAGCUACAUUCCGACGCCGUUCGUGCUGCGGUGCUUCUGCAACACGUGCCUGCUAAAGCCGGACUGUGAUAAGCCGCACAUCUACCGGCUGUACAGUGUGAUAACGCACGUGGGCGCCCGGAUGUCGGUCGGUCAUUACAUCGCGUACACGAGCUCGCUGGACGUGCACGGCGAGUACUUUGGCUGUGGGAAGGACCGCCGGAAGCAGGCACUGCUGGCGGGGGGUUCGAUCGACGGGGGAAGCUUCGGGGCGGGUGCGGGUGCGGGUGGUACUGGAAGUACGGGUAGUCAGAGUGGAAAGAGCAGCGAGAAGAGCACCUCCGGCCAGCUGAAGAAGCUGUUUGGCGGCAAGAAGGCGUCCAGCGCGGGCGACAUGAGCAAGAAGAUUAAGAACAACAACAAGCUGAACCUGAUCAACGGGAUGGAGGGCUUGAAUCUGAUCAACGGCGCGGGUAGCGCCUGGGCAAUAGCAAUACGGCCUCGUUCGGUUCGCAGUCGGGCGGCAACAGCCCGAGCAGCAACGGUACGCCAACCAGCGGUGGCAACGCCGCGUCCCUGCUGGCCAGCCGCGCAAUUCCGUGCGCCGGCCUAAACUGCUGCGGCAUUCAUCUGAAAAAUAGUCACCUUAGUUUGUACGGCCCCGGUGGUCCCCACCACCACCACAAUCAUCACCAUCACCACCACCACCACAGUACGGACAGUCCGGACAGCAACGGGAUCGCCGACUACGC